AGAACUUGUUGUACUACGGAAGAAGUUUUGGGGAGGUCCUUCUAUGUCCGUGUCUGGGAAGAAGCGGUGUGAUAUCAGCUCCUUUGAACGGUUAAAAUAAUGCAGGACCCCAAUGCAGAUACCGAGUGGAAUGACAUCCUGAGGAAAAAGGGUAUCCUUCCUCCCAAAGAGAAAACCCAAGACCAGGUCGAUGAGGAAGCUCUAGAGCAACAGAUCCUUCUUCAGCAGGAAUCUGUUGUGAAAACCUAUGAGAGCAUGACUCUGGAUGAGCUGAAUGAGAACGAGGACGACUUCAGUGAAGAGGAUGAGGCAGCCAUUGAGAUGUAUAGACAAAAGAGGCUUGCUGAAUGGAAAGCCACCCAGAUAAAGAAUUGCUUUGGGGAGGUGGUGGAAAUCUCUGGGUGUGACUACAUCAAGGAGGUGAACAAAGCUGGAGAGGGAAUCUGGGUAGUCCUGCAUCUCUACAAACAGGGAGUUCCCCUGUGUACCCUGAUAAACCAGCACCUAACCGAGCUGGCCAGAAAGUUCCCCCAGACCAAGUUCCUCAAGUCCAUCUCCACCACCUGCAUUCCCAACUACCCUGAUCGCAACCUACCCACCAUCUUCGUCUACUACGAGGGGGAGAUGAAGGCACAGUACAUCGGGCCGCUGGUCUUUGGAGGCAUGAACCUCAAAGUUGAAGAGCUAGAGUGGAGGUUAUCAGAAUCUGGUGCUGUCAAGUCCGACCUGGAAGAAAACCCAAAGAAGCAGAUUGAAGACAAGCUGAUGUCGUCAAUCCGAUCCACUCUCCCCACCACACGGAAAGAUAGUGACUCUGAAGAUGAGAACUAGCUCCCAAACCGCCAAAUAAUAAUCUACUGCUCCACUCUCACUGUGUGGUGGAGAUGCCAGGCCUGUGAUGAUGUGGGCGAGUGCCCUCCUCGCUCUCUGUGCCAGUGGUUUUCAAACCCCUCCCCUGGGAACCCAGGUCUUUCACUAUUUUGUUGUGGCCCUGAACCAACCUGAUUCACAGAACCAAGGCCUUGAAGAUUAUUUGACAAGUUGAGUCAUAAGCGCAAGUUCUGGAAGAGUCCAAAGACAAGGGAGGGCAGAGGGUCCCAGAGGAGAGGUGUGAAAACGAAUGUUCAACACAAUGCAGCCAGCAGAGAGGUUCAAUCAGAGCACUAAGACUCUCCGGUUCAAUCUCAUGUGUCUUCUAAAUUAGAUCUGAACUUGGGAUCUUUCUUCUAAAUUAGAUCUGAACUUGGGAUCUGUCUUCUAAAUUAGAUCUGAACUUGGGAUCUGUCUUCUAAAUUAGAUCUGAACUCGUCAACAGUUGGUUGAAGAUAUACUUUUUAUUCUGCAUAUACAUUUCAUAAUAUAUGACAAUAUAAAUGUAUACAUUUGUAAUUGUUAUAAUUCACCCAUGCAAAAACAGUUGAGUUUUGUAUAAGGUGUUUGCCCUUGUUUAUGUAUCCAUCACAUAAAGACUCUUUUGGUGUACAG